GGAUCUCUGCUGUAAACACACGUAGCUGUUAGCAGAGCAGCUGCUCUCAUGUCUCCCCCGAUCCAUCUGCUUGUUUUCGGUAGGAGCUCUCCAGAUCUCUGACACUCUGUCCUCAGCGUGUCAUUCUCCUGGACGGCAGGGAUGCCCAGUUUCUGGUUCAAAGCGGUUGUCGUCCUCUGUCUCCUCCCCGGGUGUCAUGGAACCGCAGCCCGGCUGUACACGGAGCAAGACCCGCUGGUGAUCCUUGGCAGCAGCAGCCUGAAACCCACGGUCAGUAACUCAUCCUCGGCAUGGCUGGUCCAGUUCUUCUCCUCCUGGUGUGGACACUGCAUCCAGUACUCCAGCACCUGGAAGGCUCUGGCCCAGGACGUCAAAGGUACCCCAGCCAUGCUUCGUUUUGUUCCCGUACAUGAACAGCAGCACCAAACUCCAUUCAAACCGCUGCUGUGUAUUACAUUCCUGUUGUAUCACUAUACAGAGAUGGGUGCUCAAGUAUCACUUGCCGUGUUUUCUGGUUGUUAUCUCCCUCUUCGGUUCGGCAUUGAUACAAGCUAAAAAUACACAUUGUAUUGUAACAAACUCUCAGUUCAGCGUCACGUAACUCGCCAUUAUGGAGCUGUUUGAGAGCCACUGUAAAGUCGCUGUUUUUCUAAUCAAGUUCUGAGUGCAGCCGUACAAGACUAGCCGAAAACCUGUUUCCGCAAUAAUAACGGAAUUUAAGGUUUAAGUUACCCAGAUUUGUCACUGAAUGGUGGCGAGAAUAUAGGAGGCAUGUAUUAUUUGACUUACCGAGUGGAAUAAUCUUUCAUGGAGGGGGAAAAGAAGCUUAAACUACAAGUUUCCUUUGAACCACCAGCAUCCGUUUGAGCUGCUUAGAGGAUAUUAGCUCUGAUUAGCUCUGUGGAGCUAACAGGUAGUGGUGCUAACAGAAAUGAUGCGAUGUAACUGCAAACAACAGGCUUGUUAGUGAGCCCAGUAAUGACUUAGGGAGACUUUUAAUUGAAAUAGAUUUUUUUUUCACACAGUUUGUAUUGAUCUUGGACACAGUUGGUUCAUUUCCGAGCUUGUGUAAGAUUCAGAAAUCUACACCAUGUGACAGCUUUUUAACCACGUAAGGGUGUGAUAGGUCUUGAUUUGUCAGGCUGACGUGCAAAGGCUGAGAGAGCAUUUAAAUGUUUAAUUUUCGAUCCUGAUGACAGUUAAAACUUUGUGCAACAUUAAAGGUAAUUAAACAACAGUUGUCAGACAAACAGAAGAAGCGGGUGAGGAGGCAUCUUAAACAUAGGCUGAUGUUUCAGCAAUCAGAGAAGCUGACAUGUCAUCUAAAGAGGAAACAAUUCAAGGAAGUAAAACAAAAUUUGGGUUUAUGCCAUCAGGCAGUAAAGGAAGUAAUACAUGAUACCCAGCAGGUGAUUGAAAAUAACAAUAAGAUGACAACACAUCCCUUCUGUUAUUGGAUGAGAGGCAAGGUAAACCUUCAACAGACUGCCAGCCUAUCACAGGGCUAACAUACAGGGCUAACAUAUCACAGAAUACAAAUAGCAGAUUGCUUCAGGUGCUCUACAUGUGAUAUUCCUCUCACUUUUCUCACUUUUAUUGCUUGAGUAUGUAAAAUAAUGUGGAAUAUCUGAUGUUAAAGCCCCUGUGAGAAGGUUGUAGCCGGUAGGACUGAUUUUAUUUAACACAACAACAGGCAAACAGCUCUAGAUUUGUACACUUUUCAUGGUAGUGAUGUCUGAUGAGUGAUGUAUUUGUGUUGGCCAGAGAACAUAGCUUACACAAGUGCAGGUCUCAGUCUGUACAGAGAUUAGAGGUACUGCUUUGUCUACAGGGGGUGCCAAAUGUAACACAGCCAAAUGUUUCUCACAGGAGCUUUAAGACAGUAGCAAAAGUCAUGUCCUCAUCUGGUCAUAUGAACUUAAAAUAGGUUUAGCUACAUUUCAGUUCAAAAAUUCACAGAGUUGCUCAGCAAUAUUUUGGUGAAUUUCCAAAUUCUAUCCCACAAAUAGUGUGAGUGAAGUUUAAAAGUAUAUAACACAUCAUCAAGGCUCUAUUUCCAUCAUUAUCAGUCAAUCCAGUGAUUGUUUUCUUUUUUCAUACUAUCACAAGCUUGAAACAGACAAACAAAAAAACUAAAAGUUGAUUUAAAAGUAGACUUUUUACUGAGAAAACUGAAGCUGCUAACAGCUGCAGCAUUAAAUUAUUUAUGUAAGAACAUGAUAAGCUUGUGAUUACAGUCGGGACGGAGCGAUCUGGUUUUCUCAUCUGCAGCAUCUGAAGAAAAUUCACUUCAUUUGUUUGUAUUUCCAACUUGUGCAAAAACCUGCACAGACACGUGCACACAUACACACACACACACACACACACACAUACACACACAACACACACAUAACCUGUGGGAACCAGUCUGCUGGGUUUAGUCUCCAUCUGCCCCAGAACUCUCAGGGGAAUCACUCCACUGAGACCAGCUGCCUCUGUAACACACACACACAUGCACACACACACUCACACACACAUGCGCACACACACACUUUCUUUGUAAGGACCUGCUGUCGGAGUCAAAGGACAUCUGAGACAAAAAGACCCCGCUGCCCCCUUGAGAGACAGACAGCUGGGAAACAAUGCACACAUAGACACAACUACAGACACACACUUUUGCUUUCAGAGGUAAACACUGAAGUAACAAACGUAAAAAACAUCAACAAUAAUGGAAUUUUAAGGGAGGUGGAGCUUACUCGGGAAGUUUAUUAAUUAUUCUGAAUAAGCUCCUCCUCCCCGAGAAGCAACAUUAAGCAGAAAACACACUGAUACAACAAAAACAAUCUAAUACAGCCAUAUAUCUAUAGUGCUGUCAGAGUAAAGGCAACAUGAGGAGCUUUUCUCCUCAAAGAUGUUAGCAGAAUGGGUUUUUCUGCUCAACGUUUAACGUAAAAACACACAUAACACACAAGUGUUUUCUUGCUGAGUGAGCCACCACACGCACGCUCAGCUGUUUUAAUUAGAGACAGCAUACUUGUGACCAAUUUGCUGAUUAGGGUCAUGUGACAUGACGUCAAGAUUGACAAGAUAAUGACAAAAGGAAUCAUAACGUCUAGAAACAAAGAACGAAGUGAGAGCACAUCUCAACAAAAGACAAAGAUAAUAGUGCAUUAUUGAAGCCAAAGUAACUUUGUGAACAGAUGUAAUCUGUGUAUACGAUUUGGUUGACUUAUACUAAGUACAGCUGACUUUAAACAAGAACAUGACAUGGUUCAGACUUUGAGUUUACUCAGUCUCGGACUGUUUGACAUCAUUAAAAACAAAGAACAGAGGUUUAAAAAGGCAGGCAAUACUCCAGAAGUCUCCAGAAUCAACACAACAUUAAAAAAAAACACAGCACCAUUUAAAUAUUUGUGUGAGGGUAACAAAACAGAGUGUGAAUCAAAAUGUGAAAUUAACAAGGUUUAGAUGCAAAGAAGAAAAGAAAAUCAGGAUGAGGCUGUUUUAGCUUUUCCUGUUUCUUCCUCAGACUGGAAGCUGCUGUGUUCUUGUUUUUGAGCCUCUAGGAUUGGAUUGCUGUAAUACCUGUUGAAACCAAAGAUGCUCCUCUGCUGUAAAACCCUGUAACCUCCCUUCCCUUCCUCCCUCCCUCCAUCCCUCCCUCUCUCUCUCUUUCUCUCUCACUCUCUCUCUGUCUCUCUUUCUCUCUCUCUUUCUCAGACUGGCAGCAGGCGAUCAGCGUGGCAGUGUUGGACUGCGCUCAGGAGGAAAACUUUGAUGUGUGUAAAGAGUACGGCAUCAAGUUCUACCCAACAUUCAAAGUAUGUGACAUUACUGAGUUAGUUCUUCCACAGAGUAUCUGUUGCUUUAUUACAUCUUCACAGUAUAAACCGAAUAACUUUCUCCAUCUGUCUGCAGUACUUUCACGCUCACAGUCCAGAGACAAACAGAGGGACCAUUUACAGAGGUGAGACUCACCACCUGCCUUUCAGUUACUGUGUACACCGGCACUCUCAAACAACACCUGUGUCACAAUACCUGUUUCGUACCAUCCUACCUCAACCAACCUGUCUUACUCUGAAAAAUGGUUUUAAAAUAUCAAACCACACCUGUCUUUAAUAUGAGCUGUUUAACAAUGGCACAGGGAUGACUGCAAAAGAAGAAGGAGAUAUUUGUCAUUCACUCCUUAGCAGUUCACCUGUCUCUCUGCCUCUUGUCCCUCCAGGUGCAGACAGAGAGAUCCAGUCAGUGAGGCAGCUGAUGGUAAACAUCCUCCAGAAUCACACCAAGCUGAACUGGCCCGAUCACUGUCCUCCUCUGAGGCCGUACAGGUACCAGAACCAGAACCACCCAGACCCCGACAGAAUAAUUGUCUAGGUUUUUUUUUUUUUGUGAGGAGCUGAUUUAUAUGUUUGUCUAUUUGUAGCUCUGUGGAGCUGCUGUCUCUCUUAGGUCAAAGGUCAGAUCAUUACACAGCCAUCAUCAUCGAGGAGCCAGACUCCUACGUUGGUCGGGAGGUAGGUAAAUGGGUAUGGAGGGUGAAAAAUAAACACACACACAGAUUUUAGAUGGGAAAUCUAUCGUCUUAAAGUUAUAUAGUAAUGUCAGGAUUUUAGGGCCAGGUGGGUGUCUUAAGGAUCACUUAGAUCUUUGAGGAGUCCAAAUGGCUUCAAAUUAAGCAACUGUUUGUCAGUCUCACUCCAGUUUUCUUUGCUUGUCCAACUAACAGCAGCCUUGCUACAGGAUGUUUUGACACCCAGUGCCUUGUAGGGCAUGUCCUCGUAGAUGUUUAGUUUAUUUAAUUAGUUUAUUUGACUUGGACCAUGCACAUCACAACUGCUGAGCCUUAGUUAGUUUUAAAGCUAGUUUCAUCUGCAGGAGGAUUGAAUAAUAUCUGAUGUGAUGUACAAAUCCAGGCUGUUCAGAGGCAGUUUUCUCAAUUUAAAUUGAACACAUGUGUAGUGUUGCAGAUGCUCCAGUGUCUUUAGUAUAGUUCCUGCAGAGUGGCAUCAGUACCCACCCUUUAUUAUAAAAUUUAAAAGUGUGCAAAGAACAUGGUGCUCAGCUUAAAACCACGGUCUGGUUGUUCUUAAGGUUUAAUACAGACGGGAAAGAUCCUAUUAAAAAUGAGACUUCAUACUUUGUCCACAGGGGGGUGCAAAAUCCAAAGAAAUUGAAGGGUCUUUUCCAGGUGUUUUAAAUGGCAUAUUUUUAACCAAAGUUAAAUAAAUCCUUCUGAAAAAACACUAUCACUAAAUUUCAGGAUUCGAUUUCAUGUUAUAACGUUGAUCCAGAUAUUUGCUUUUCUAUAAUCACUUCAGGGUCUAGAUAAACACUGACACUAUCCUGAUAUUAAAACCUACAAAACUGGUCAAAGUCAGCCACACAGGCAGCUUACUGGACGAGCUAAAGGCUGCUAUGACUGGCAGUUUUUUGUAGUUAUAUGAGCAACAAUCAGAGAUCAAAAACACAAGCUAUAAAGCAAAGCCAUACUGUGAUCAUAGUUACACCGACUGUUCUCUACAUGCUCAAGUUGUGAUUUUUGACAGAAAAUAUCAUCCUGCUGACUCUGGUCCCUUUGGUCUCUCCUCACACCUACUCCUGAGGGUCCUCUUUGCUAUUAGUAUCAUGAAAAGGCAUCAGUAAAUUUCAGUCAGAAAACGUCUCUAUAAGAAUACCAAUAUUGGCCCUAAAAACACCCAAGCUUAAAGGUUCAACUGUCUGUCUGUCUCUCAGGUGAUCCUGGACCUGCUGCAGUUCUCAGGUGUGGAGGUAAAGAGAGCUUUGAGCUCAGACCUCCCCCUGCUGGAUGCUCUCAAGAUCUCCACCUUCCCCUCUGUCUAUCUGCUGCACCCAAACGGGACACACACAAUCCUGCAUGUGUAAGUGAGCAUAUGUCAUAUCACUCAAACAUACAGAAAAACUCAGACAAGUAUUUGUUUUGUUUUGAUGAUGAGUUAAAACAGUUGUAGGAGGACUGCCAGACAUUGAAACUCCAGUUGUAAUACUUUUUCCAUGACACCAGCAUCAGCAUUUACAAAGUGGAUGUUACCAUCAUCCUCUCUAAAAGAGAACAGGUUUGUCCCAUCCUAAAUGCAGCACCUUCAAUCUAAAACGGUCACUGUCUUGAGUCAAAUCUAAGUUCUGUCAUGAUGUUCAGAAUAAUCUAGUUCAGUGUCACUUCUGACAGAAAUGUCAGCCAUGGCUUUAAAUUUAUUUUCAUGAUUAUUAGACUGUAGGUCAUGGAAUAAGUGCUCUAUUUUAAACUUGUGUGUGUUUUUCUAUUUAAAUAACUGCUGAUAGCUGGACAGAAAUCUGUUGAUUCAGUCCCUUGAAAGGCCAAAUAUUUUCCUGUCUACUACUUGGUACAACCUUGAUACAAAUUUAAAACACUUUGACUUUUUAUUGAACAAAACUAAAAGGGCAAAAAUGACUAAAUGUGUUAACACUGACACACGCACACACACACACGCACACAUAAUUUGGUCUCCUCAGGUGAAAGUGAGUCGCUCCAAGUUAAAAAGAGUAAAUGUUGAGACAGAAGCUGCUGUUUGCUGAGUCAAUAAAUCAGUUUUAAAGAGAUUACAUUUGUUUGCAGAGUUGAAGUUCUUAUAUUUAAUGAACUCAGAUUUUUAUGGUAAACAGUGUAUGUCGUCUCCUUCUCUUCCUCCCUUCUUUUUGUCCCUUUCUUUUCCCCCUCUUCUGAAUGUUUCUCCCUACUUUUCCAUCUUCUUCUUUUUUUAAUAAACUGUCUUGGUACCCCUGUCAAUAUUCUUCUCUUCCCCCCUCUUCCUCAUUCUUCUUCUUUUCUUUCACACACCACCUCCUUCUUCCACUCCUCCUUUUUAUCCCUUUUCUUCCUCCUUUACCUUUUAUUUUCUUCUAUAAUUUGUCCUUUGUACGUCUUCCUCCUCCACCCCUUCUUCCUCACCCUUUUUGUACUUCCCCUCCUUCUCCUCUUCUUCUCCUCCUCCUUCAGUGAGAAGCGGUUGCGUUUCUUCUUCUCCUCUCUGUUGAGGACAUUACCUGGAGUUCAGCGCAAGUUGAAGUCGAGUAUCAGUAGCAGCAGCAUUUCCAACGGAGGCCAGAUGGGGGUGCUGUCUGACAAAAUGAUCGGCGAUCCGUGGAGAGACUUCGACAGGUCAGAGACUCGGUCAGAUCAGCUCGGCUCUGCCCGGCCCAGAUUGUCUUUGAAACCUCAGUAAACCUGUUUGUGUUUCUCUGCAGGUCGAAGGUGUACACAGCUGAUCUGGAGUCAGCCCUCCAUUACCUGCUGAGAGUCGAGCUGGCUACCCAUAAUUCCCUGGAGGGGGAGGAGCUAAAGAUAUUCAAAGAUUUUGUGACUGUGGUUGCAAAGGUAACAAUUAUGGUAGCCCAGUGUAUCAGUUGGCUGAUAAAUGGUGUUUUGAAAUAAUCAGCAUCAUAUCUGCAUUUGCCCUCCUAGGGCUGGAAAAACUGACACCAUGAACCUGAAGCUGACAUGUCUGUUUUCCUCUUUACCUGUGCAGCUGUAUCCAGGUGGAGGUUCUGUGGUAAAGCUAAUGGAGACUCUGUCUGAUUGGCUGCUUAGUAUGCCGCUGCAGCGAAUCCCUUAUCAGGCUGUCCUGGACCUGGUGGACAACAAGAUGAGGGUGAGAUACACACACACACACACACACACACACACACACACACACACACACACACACACACACAAAAUGCACUGAAAUCACACACCAAGCAGCAGCUGACUUGUCGUUUUCUGCCUCAGAUCUCAGGAGUGUUUCUAGGGUCAGAGCUUCGCUGGGUUGGUUGCCAGGGCAGCAGACCAGGUCUGCGAGGUUACCCAUGUUCCCUCUGGACUCUGUUCCACGUCCUCACCGUCCAACACGACACCAUGCCCACUGCGCUGGAUUACACAGGUACAAACCCACACACACACACCUAUCAUAGAGGUCUAUCUGUCACAUGACUGUCUCACUCCCCGGUACUUGUUUGCAGGUCUGCAGCAUGAGGCAGCGCCGGUGCUGCAGGUGAUGCGUCGGUACAUCCGGACGUUCUUCGGCUGCAAAGAGUGUGGGAGACACUUCGAGGAGGCGGCAGAAGAGAGUAUGGACAAAGUGAAUAACAAAGAGGAGCAGAUCCUGUGGCUGUGGAACCAACACAACAGGGUCAACAACAGACUGGCUGGUAUGUUUACACAUGAACACAUGCACUCAAAUGUUAAGCUCGUCACAGUCGUCAAACUCUUCUGUGCAUCAAUGUGAUCAAGAGUCUGUGAUUAGGGCUGAUUGUCACAGCAACAGCCUGCUGUAGAGAAAUAGCAGACCACUCAUACUGCAACCAACCAAUCAGAUCUUGCAACUAUAUCAGAAUAUCAAGCCAGGAACACAGGCUGCUACCUUGUUUAGUUAAUAAGAUGUCCCUCAGUAAACCCAUGCCUUUAUUUUAUUUUAUUUACAAUGUUUUGUAACUGAUAUUUUUUAAGUUUAAUUUAUACAAAAUGUAGAUAUGAUUUUUGAGGAUAGUUUUAGGGUUAAUUCAUUUGGACAAAGACGUGGAUCUAUUCCAGUGGGUGCAUAGCCUUGAAUUAAAGAAAUUAGGAAUUCUUCAUUGUCAUUUGAGUCUAAAAAAAGAUUUAAAGAAUCAUGUCAAAACAUAAUCUGACUUUUACCAACUCCCUUGAAAUUUGUGACAAAAAACGGAGUAAACCCCACAUCAUGUAUCAUAUCAUAUCGCAUUUCAUCGUAUCGUAUCGUUUCGAAUCAUGAUGGGUUCAGUGUAUGGUUACACUCCUAAUGACAAAGACUCUGACAGGUUAUUUAUUCUGAUCUUUUAUAUUAAUCAGAGUACCCUUCUCUUCUUUCCCUCCAGGCUCUCUGAGUGAUGACCCCCUGUUCCCCAAAGCUCCAUGGCCGAGCCCCUCCCUCUGCUCCUCUUGCCAUGAGGAGAAAAACGGUGUCCACGUCUGGAACCAAGAAAACGUCCUUCUCUUCCUACGUCAGCACUAUGGAGCCGCCAACCUUUCCCCCAAAUACUCUGUGACUCCCCCUAGACUCCCUGCACCUCCUCCGAACCCUGACCCUGUUGCUGUCAAACAGACCAGCCAGCCUGAGGAGGAGCACAGAGGAGAAGAAGGAGAAGAAAAGAAGGAGCCGCAGAGGAAAGCUGAGGAGAAGCAAAAGGAGAUGCCUCAACCUGUGGAUAAGGCUUUGAGGGGGGAUGGGAGGGGGGAGGCUCUGGACCUGGGGGUAAAAGUCAGGAAAGAGGGAGGAGCAGGAGGUGCAGGUGGAGGAGGUGUUUGGAUUCUGGGUCUGGGUUUUAAUAGUGUGGACAUGAGUCUUUGUGUGGUCCUGUACGUCUGCUCCUGCCUCUUCCUCAUGCUCCUCUUCUUCUUCUUCAAAGUUCGAUCCAGGAGGUGGAAACUCAGAUACUCCCGCCUGCACGUCUGACUAGAACCAGACCAGGUCAGACCAGUUUAAAAAGAACCAGGCUGGUGUUGUUCAGUGGGUGUAAAGGACCAGUCCACCCAAAUCAGAGACAGCCUUCCAAGGAUUUAGGAGGCACAGAAAUGGAACCAGGUCUAGAUUUUCCCAUUGUAAAGAACCUGUUUUAAACCUGGACUGUAUUUUUAGGUCUGGAUUAAUUUAUUUUAUUUUAUGUUUCAAACCCUGGAUUUGAUCAAGUGACCCAGUGUGUUUUCAGACCUGAACUGAACCUGCCAGACCCAGAACUGAACUGGACCGGACUGGUUUCUCUGUGUUCACUUUGUGCCAUGUGUUUAACCUUCCGACAGGUGACACACCUGUUCUCUCAGGCCCCGCCCCCUUUUACACAAACACUGGUGUGUAAGUUUGAUUUGUAUGCACAUGAGUGUGUGUUUUUCUAACUGUGAAUCAUGGAGCCGUCCUGAUGGUGGCUGCAGAGGCUGACUCAUUGAUUGAUCAGCAGAAUUUUUAAUGAGUCAGUGUGGGCGUGUAUUUAGCGCCCUCUGGUGUUGUGUUGUUGCGUUGAAAGAGCUGUUUGGAUAGACCAUACAUGAGAGUUUAGGUUUGUAAAAGUGUGUGAUAGCUCUUUGAAACCGACCAAAAAUCAUCUCAGUCAUGGACUGUAUGGAUACUGAUGUAGAGCUGAUAUCAUGUUAAGUUUUGAUACUGCACAUCCACAGAAACAAAACUGGAUUUUCAAGCCUUUUCCCAGGCUGGCUGUCCUGAACUUCAGGACAGCUUGCCUGGAAAUUUCCCUAAAUUUUGUCUUCACACUUGUGUGACUAGCAGAAAUUUCUGAAGGAGGUUCACAGGAACAUGUCUGGUCAAAAUCUGGGUGAAAAAUGUUUCUUUACACAUGGAGUCCCAUUUGAAAAAACAUCUCCAAAUGUUCAGGAUUUUAGUGUAUAUGCAAACACAAAUAAGCGAAGGAUAAUUUUUAGGUGAUCAGGUGGUCAUGCUAGGUAUAGUUCUGACAGUGAGCAGGACCAGAUGAUGAGGUCUUGUUGCAGCAUCUUGGGGUUCUGAUUUGCACAACCACCCUCUCACUAUACAUUAUCAUGCUUAUCACUCAGCUACUUAAUGGAGACUAUAGCAGGUUGACCCAAAAUUUUGAUCUACAGAUGGUGCAUUAAAGAUAAGAACUUUAAGAUAAAAAGAAUUUUAUUUAUCCCAGAGGGGAAAUGUGAUAUUUUCCAUUCUAUAUUUAUACAGCUGAAUGAAAUUGUCCCUUCAAAUCCACAGUCAGAAAUGAAGGAGUUGUAGUUCGCAGUUGACACACCUCCAAACAUAUGUAAGAGGAGAGUUGAACACUGUUGUUGCACUCACUAGCUCUGCUGCCAUUGCCUGCCAUUGCCUGGUUUGCAGGACUGGAGAGGAGUAUGUGUCUGCAGAACCAGAUGCUGCAGAUUCAGGACCCUGUUUCUAAGGUUGCAAUUCCGAAACACUUGUUAGCAAUGGUUCACCAGAGCUGUAUUUUUAGUGUGAAAAGUAAUAAUUUUUGGUGUGUAACUUGAACCAUAACCCUAACCAUUACUGCCACAACUACAUAAGGGUCCUAAAGCUGCAGUCUGACAUUUAUGAUUGUGAAACUGCAGCUGCUUGCUCUGCAGACAUGUAGUAUACUUUUCUCUGUCAGAGCUGGUUACUAUCGUCCAGCACUCCAACAAUUCACUGAUCAAGACUUGACAUUUCAAAUCAACAAUUAUUACACAUUUUUACUGAAGUUUUGGUCAUUUAAGUCAAUGUCAUCAUUUUUAUCGUUUACUGUCAAACAGCAAGAAUAUCAGCGGCUCAAACAAACUAACGUGAUAUUAAAAAGCACAAAGAAAGAAAACUAAGACAUUCAAACUGAGUUUUUACACCGAGAGGCAUUACUGUGAACACUUUUUCAUGAAAUUACACAAAAAUUGCUUAAUUUAAACACACUUGAAAGCCUUUUAGGUCUUUGAUUUAGAGCUUGUUAUGUGUGUUCAUUACCUUACCAUUAGAAGUCCUGCCCCUUAACCAAGCUGAUAUUUGAUAUCAUAGGGACUCUUUUCUCAACAUUAUCAUGUUAUCCGGUUUAAAAAUCUUCUAAUGCCAAACUACAAAACCAUUUUAUCCAGAUUUUUUAAUGCAUGAGGGCAAAUGAAAACUUAAAAUAAAAAAUGGGUUGCUCAUUUGCAGCAGUAACUGUUAGAUAUCCAAACAAAAAAUUCUCAGCUGAAACAGUUCCCCACAGAUAGGACGCUAAUUUACUUUUUUGACAUGAACGAGAAAUCUAAAAACCUAAAACAAAAAAUACUUAAAUAAUUAAAUGCAAAAAGGAUGACAACCAGGUGCAAUGAUGGUUGAAAAGUUUCAACUGGAGCCCUCAAAGCCUAAAGCUCCUGUGAGGACCCUGUGAGGUUUGUGUCAACUUUGGUGCUCCCUGUGGACAAUGCAGUUUUUGCUUUCCUUGUCCUCUACAUACAACAAAAAUCUCAUCCUGCAGACAUCUCUCCCUUCACAUCAAUUUUGAGGCAUCUGAAAAGUGACCCAUAAUAAUCACCACUCUUGUUGCUGGGGGUCUUGUUUGCUUUUGUGUAUUAUAAAAAGGCAUAAAUGAAAGAAGAAAAACUCAGACUUCAAUUUCAAAACACCAGGAGUAAAAGUUCUCAUAUACGUUUUUUUAAUUUUAAGAAGUCAUUCUUUUUUUUCUUUUUUUUUGAAGGUGUGAAGGAGUAACUUUUCUUGGGAACUAUUUAUUGUUUGGAUAUUUAAUUCCUGUGAUAGACUUUUAAUGAUCAGAUUGUUUUCCUAAAUGUGCAGAGUCAUCAUUGUUAUAAAGGCCAUACACUCAUUUGAUUUAUAACAUGUUCUCCUUUGCAUUACUUUCCCUUUAGCUGAUUUUGUUUGUCUUAUACCUUAAAAAGUUAUUUUUGGAAGAGCAUUAAUUUUUCUUUCAGUUUAAGAGUUGUUUUUUUUUUAAGGGGUUGUGAACUUAACCUGUGACAUCAAGUGUGCACAGUCUGGUGAAUUGCAGUGUCGCUUUAGUGUUUUUAUUUAUUUAUUUAAUGGCAGUUUGUUUGUUUCUGAGGAGGAUAUUCUUGGUUUUAGUUUCUUGGUGACAGAGCUGCUGCUGCUGUGGACUCCCUCGAGGAUCCUCCUGCUAAAAACUGUUUAGUCUCUAAGGAUGAAGACCUGAAACCUGAUUUUUUUUUUUUUUCAUCUGCCGGUGUCUGAACACACCGUCUGACUGUCUAGCAGCUUCACUGCAGCACCAAACAAACAGAAAACAGACUGUUCAGAGAGGCUGACUCUCCUUCUUCUCUUCAAAGCUCCCUUAUUUUCUGAUUAUUUGUGUUAAUGAGAUGUAAAUAAUCUGACUUAAUAAAUCAUGUUGCUGCAGCUUGCUCUGACAAAUCUUUGCUGCAGGUUUCUGGUCCAAGAUAAGAAGCGCUGCCUGUAGCUACUGAAGAAAGACGCAGCUGGCAGUCAGACUGAAGAUUUGAAGCCAGCUGUUUUAAAAAGGCUGCUGGAGGUGAAAGUAACAGCUUGAACUUUGACCUUUUGGGGCAUCCGGUGUUGAAAAAUAAAGCCAAUGUGGAAGUGCAAGUGUUGACACAGGAAUGGCUGCAAAAUUAUAGGAAACUCCAUCUGAGCUUAUGUUACAUUGCUCAUGUAAACAUGUUUACGACCCCAUUAAAAAACGUUUUCAGCUGUUUAUUAACCCGAACUGUAUGAAAAAUGAAUUUUAGUAUGCAUCUUAAGAUAAUAGAGAGGGUAAGAGUUGUACAUUAAUUUGCAUAGUUAGGGGCACAGAUAAGUUGCUGCGUUGUGUUUGUAGCUGUUUGCCAGGACAGCGGUCCCUCACCUCUCUGUCUGUGUCCAGGUUCACCCAAAGGCAUUUUUUACAUGAUGCCAACCAUCUUUGGGAUUAAAAAUCUAAUUUUUCAUACAGUCCAUAAUAUAAACCAAAUGUAGUUAAGUAAGGAAGACAACUUUAAGUGUCUAUGUUAUGUUUUUAAACCAUUCUGUAUUUAUUUAUUUGCUUUAUAUGUGAAGGAACAAAAACAGGACCUAAAUUAGUUUAAUGACUUUUUUUAAUUGCAGUAUCAACUUCAGAUAAAAAUCCUGAUUUUUUUUUUCUGAAUGAAGGAAUUAAUUAUCUCAGAAAAACAAGAUAACUGUUUUGUAAAUAACGUUCUACCUUGUUUUCUGCCGUUUUAACGGGAUUGAUUAAUCACAUUGCUCCUUGACUCAUAAAAUAGCAAUUUACUUCAUCCAUACAAAUGUCUCACAAUUACAGAGAUAUGUUGCCCCUCAUCGCAAAAAUAUUUAAUAAAAAAAAAUCACGUAAUUCCAAGAUAAUAUCCUGAAAUUAGGCAAUACAAAGUAAGAUAAAACAUAAAAUGUUUUCAUGAAUUCGAGAUAAUUGAUUCCGGUCAACCGCACGUUUUUUUUUCUUCCGUCCGUUUCAUUCACUGAAGACAAAACGGUCUGCUAUGUUAUUCUGAUUGCGAACAUAAUUA